AGAAUGAAGGUCCUAUUGGUCUUCUGCCUGAUGGCAGCAGCCUCAGCUUCAGUUAGAUUUCCAAACCUAAAAAAAUCCCCAACAGAAGACAAGCCCCUAUCACAAGACGUUGGAGAACCAUUAAUUCUAACCCCCUAUUUAGAAGCAAAUAAAACCCGAGAGGCACGUGAAGCUGCUCAAGUAAACUCAGAAGCUUUUAAAAAUGUUUCCAGUUACUCUGGCUUCUUGACUGUCGACAAGGAGAAUAAUGGAAAUUUAUUUUUCUGGUUCUUCAAAUCCGAAGGUAACUACGAAGAAGAUCCUGUCUUGGUUUGGUUGCAAGGUGGCCCUGGAGGUACCAGUUUGUAUGGGCUUUUUGUUGAAAUAGGUCCCUUUGGAGUAACAAAUGGAAAAGUAGUGUCGCGUGAUAUCUCCUGGCACAAGAACCAUUCAGUUUUGUACAUAGACAAUCCUAUUGGAACUGGAUUUAGUUUCACUGAUGGUGAUUACGUAACAAACCAAACCCAAGUAGGAGACCAUCUCUAUAAAUUCCUUACGCAAUUCUUUACAAUGUUUCCAGAAAUCCAAAGGAAUGAGUUUUAUGUUUCGGGAGAGUCCUAUGCAGGGAAAUAUGUGCCUGCCAUUGGGUAUACCAUACAUAAAAAUAAUCCAACAGCAAGUGUAAAAAUUAAUUUAAAAGGCCUUUUGAUUGGUAAUGGCCUCAGUGAUCCAAAGCAUCAAUUCAAGUUUGGAGCUCUACUUUACCAACUAGGUUUGAUUGAUAAAAAUGCAGCUGAUCUUUAUGAAAAUUAUGAAAAUUUAACUUCUCAAAGUAUAGAUUUUGAAAAUUAUGAGUUUGCAGCUUAUAGCUGGAACCAACUUAUUGGAACAUUGUUUAGCAAAUACACUGCAUUGCCUAAUAUUUACGAUUUUGUUUCGGAUGUGGAUGACAGCCCAACAGAGUGGCAAGAUUUCGUUAAAACGGCUGAGAUAAGAAAAGCCCUCCAUGUAGGAAAUCGAACGUUCAAUUAUCAAAGUGACCCAGUUUAUGAGAGCCUCUCGAACGAUAUCCCGAAAAGUGUGGCUCCUUGGGUUAGUGAACUUUUAAGUCACUACAGAAUUUUAAUAUUUAACGGCCAACUGGAUAUUAUUGUCGCUUAUUCCUCAACGGUAAACUAUCUCCAAAAUUUGAAUUUCAGUUCGAGUGCCGAAUACGCAGAGGCCGAGAGGAAAAUUUGGAGUGUAAGCAACAGAGUAGCUGGAUAUGUGAAAAAUGCUGGAAAUUUAACAGAGGUUAUGGUUCGAGACGCUGGCCAUAUGGUACCCAAAGAUCAACCAGAAGCUGCGUACGAUUUGGUUUAUAAAUUUAUUAGAGGACAGGCGAUAGGUGUAAAAUAAAUUAUUUUUUUUUCUACUAACUUGAGAAGUUGUCAUUAUUCAAUCUAUUUUUUUUUAAGGAAAAAAUUGAAUUUCUCUCCCUAGGUUGAUAAUGAAAAUAAAGAAAAAAUCUGGGUCAAUGAUGAAAAUGACUUCAUGAAGCAAGGAUAUUGUCAUGACGUACCAGGUUUCUAUUGGUUUAAUUUCAAUUUCAAACUGUCAAUUUGAAAAAAAAAAAAAAAAACAAAAACAGGUUACUGUAUGUAUAUUAUAGGAAAUUAUUACAAGCUGUUUAUAGAGAGCAGCACUUUCGACAAGAAAAAAUAAUUUGAGCACAGAUUUCAAAACUCUUUUUUAUUUUCUACUAGCAGUGGUUAAAAAAAUUCUAUAUAUUCCUCGGUAGAGGGAGUCAUUAUACCGGGUGGGGCAUGAGAAACUUUCCACCCAGGUUUUCUCAGGUGUUAGGUGUUUAAUCAAAAAUCGCUCAGACAUGUCAAUUUUUGUUUUU